GUAUUAUUAAUUAUUAUUUAUUAUGAUGUAAGGUUAUAGAGUAUAGACUAUAGCCUGUCUUAGAAUAAAAAAUAUUUAUAAUAAAUCGUCUUAGAUCGUGGACUAUAGUAAAGAAACAUUGAAAGUUAUAAUAAUCAAAACACUGUUAAUAAGUUAAUAAAAUAUGGUACUUGAGUAAAUAUCUAUGGUUUUUUAAUCUUACAGAAGUAUCUUAUUUAUUAUAAUUUAUAAUAUAACAGGUUUACUAGUUUGGAAUAAAAAUAUACUGUUUUUCAUGAUUUAUAAUAACUUUGAGUAAUGUUCAUUAAAAUCUUAUCCUCAUUGUCAAGUACAGUAAUAAAGAAAUCUCCAUUUCUGUGCACUUGUUUAGUACACAGGUCUUUAACCACAAUGCACAGCAACAUCACAACUAAGGAGUUUGGAAAAUUUAAAGUACAAAUACUUCCAGCAUUAUCUGAUAAUUUUAUGUAUCUAUUAAUCGAUAACAGCACAAAAGAAGCAGCCAUCGUUGAUCCUGUAGCACCUGAUGUGGUUUGGGAUGCGGUCCGCAAAGAAAAUGUUAAAUUAACAACAGUACUUACAACACAUCAUCAUUGGGAUCACGCCGGUGGCAACAAAGAACUUAUUAACAGCAAUACUAAUGAUCAAUUGACUGUUAUUGGAGGUGAUGACCGAAUUGAUGGUCUUACAGUUAUGAUUGAUACACACGGAAUAGAUCUUCAAUUGGGAACAUUGAAUAUUAAAUGUUUGCGCACACCUUGUCAUACCACUGGACACGUUUGCUAUUACAUUAAUGAAGGAAAAGAUGGUGUUGUUUUUACAGGAGAUACAUUAUUCUUAGGAGGCUGUGGUAGAUUUUUCGAAGGUACUGCAACACAAAUGUAUGAAGCAUUAAUCAAAAUAUUAUCACAGUUACCUGACAAUACUGCUGUGUUUUGUGGACAUGAAUAUGCCAUUCAAAACUUGAAGUUUGGCUUACAUGUUGAACCAUCCAACCAACACAUAUUGACUAAAUUAGAGGAUAUUGAAACCAAACGAAAAAAUAAUGUACCAAGUGUCCCAUCAACUAUUGGUUUAGAAAAGCUCAUUAAUCCAUUCAUGAGAGUAGAAAAUGAAUCAGUUCAAAAAGUCACUGAGACCAUUGGUGAUCCAAUUAAAACAAUGAAAAUGUUGAGGGAUUUGAAAAACAAUUUAUAAAAAAUAAUACUUGUUUUAUUACAAUAAUACAUUUGUAAACAAAUUGUUCGUUAAUAAUAUAUAGGACAUACAAAUAUAGAAAUUUGAACACAAAAUUUAAAAACACAUAAUAAAAUAAACUUUUACUGAGAA